AUAAAACCGGAAGUGCUUGAGACUGGGACUUCAGUACAUUGAAUUUUCAACUACUAGUUAUAUUUCCAAAGAAUUAGUUUUCUUGCAAACGUGUUCUCUCUUUGGUAAUUUUUUGAAAUGCCAUCCUCAGAAGAUUUUAAGCUUGAGAUUCUUGUAAAUAAGCAGCCAAUUCACGAAUAUGUGGAUAAUAAAACAGGGAAAGUGUUCGUUGAAAGUAAUCUUUAUUCCCCAAUUUCUUAUCUUCAAAAAAUUACUGAAAAAAUUGAGGGACAAACUGUAACUCAGAACGUUCCUGUUACUCCAUAUGAAAUUCGUCUUACUACAUCAAAUAAGGCUAGAGGUCAAUACUUUAGAAUCAUGGUUGAUGGAAUGAAAAUAAAAGGAAUGUCUAUUACCCCUGGAAAAGAAAAGUACGUUACGGGAUUCCGAGAUGGUAACAAAGUUCGAGAACUUUUAUUUAGUCUACCAAACAUGUCAGAACAUAAGGAUAGAAUGACAAACGUUAAUCGAUCUGAAAUUGGUACCAUCAGUGUUGAAUGUUGGAAAGGCGUUUUAAGAGCUCGCAUUGAGGACAAGAGAAACCCUCUGAAAUUCACACAAGCAACUAAGAAGGAUGCUUAUUUAGUGACAAAAGGCCAAAGCCUUUUGCCAACGUCCUGUGCAGGGAAAACUAUAGAAAAAAAGAAAGAUACUCGUAGUGUUGAUAAAUGGAGUCUAGAGAAAAAAAUGAGCACACUAACUGUUCAUUAUCGAAUGGCGAAUGAACUUAGUGCUAUUGGAUUUACUGUAGCUGGCGGUAAUAUAAAUGCUCCUGACGUAAAAGAAAAGAGAAUUUCUGACCCUGAGAGAAAAAGGCCCCUAACAGCAGUUAUAGACUUAACUGGCGAUGAUAUUAUCGAAGAAAAAGUUCGUAAGAUCGAUGUAAUUAAUAUCGAAAAUGAGAAAAAUCAAACACGGCCGAAUAGAAAUAAAAAGAAUGGUGUAAACAAUACUGUGAUAAACAGCCAAACUAUGGUUAAAAUUGAAAAUUCAGAAAAAAGAGAUUGCUCUGAUAAAUUGAAAUCAGUCCCUACUGAAAAAGCAACUCAAAAUGAGGAUAUUGCCGAAGACUCAGAAGAGGAAGUGUCAACUCUCAUAGAAAAUAACAGUAAAUCAGAAUCCGAGAAUAAUAGCAGCUUAAGUAACCACGAAGAAGAUAUGGAUACAGAAGAGGAGUCAAAUGAAGAUGAAGAACAAGCUGAAGAAAAUGAUAAAGAGGAGACACUAGCUAAAUCAAAUGACGGAGGGGAACAAACUGAUGUAAACAAGAAAGAUAAGCAAAGCGAAGCAAAUGAAGAACAACAAAGCAAAGCAGAGGUAAAUCAGAAAAGUGAAGUUAAGGAAGAUCCGCAGAAUGAAACAAGGGAAGAUCAGCAAGAUGAAACAAAGGAAGAAGAUCAGCUGGAUGAAACAGAGGGAGAUCAACAAAGUGAAGAAAAUAACGAAGAGAAACAAAUUGCAAUAAGUGAUAAAGAGGAAAAAACAGAAGAAUUGGAAAAUAUUGAAGAAAGUAAUACUACAAAAGAAGACGAUCCAUCUUCCCAAAGCUUACAAAAUGAAGAAACAGCAAAUGGGGAGAAAGAGAAGGAAAAAUGUACAGGUGAUAAGGAAAAAAACUCCGUUGGGAAUAUAGAUAAUAAACAUACCAUGGAAAACAUUGAUAAGGAAGCCGACGGCAAUCAAAGCAAUUCAGAAUCAUUUGACACUCAAAAACAAGAGUCUCAGAAUGAAUCAUUUGCCAAUGUAGAUACUAGUCAGAAUGUCCAUUCUGUGUCUCAAUUCAAAGCCAUUAAUGAGGAUAGCGAUAGUGAAGACAAUUAUGUAUUAUCUGAACCCGAUGAAGACGGUGAUCUAAUGUCAACAUCCUCUACAGUGAUGGGAUAAACUUUUCGUAGAUCUUUAUAGCACAUGAAAAAAACUGAUCAGGAAAUUUUAUUUUUUUCUUAUACAUUUAUGCUCUCGGUUGCUGUAGAACCGAAAUGUCAAAUUUUAUCGCGAAAAAACAAAGUUUUAUUUAAAAGUUAUACAAUGAAAAGCUUUAACUUACAUAAUAGGAAAUCUUAAUUAUAGCUUAAGAGGCUUCUAGUUGAGAUCUUAAUUAUUCAUAAAGAGUCCAAAUUAAACGGCAACAAAAGAUUGGAUAUUUAUGAAUAUUCGAUUGACGGCACACUAAAUCAGCACAUUCAAUUGAAAACCUCAUAAAUACCAACCUCAAUAUGAGUCACAAAGACUUUAUUAUAAGUUCAAUAUUUAUAGCAAGAAAUCUUUCCUACUCCUGCUUAAUGAUACGUUACUUUUAUUCAACUUUGAUUUCCUAUAAUGCGACCAUAUAGAACUUUUCCGAGUUAAGUUAGUAUUAAUUGACUGCUUAGGUAAUAUAGGGUAACUUUGAAUUAUAGGCUGUUCCGAUGCUUCUCUAUAGAAUAUGGGCUGAGAAAGCCUGCUGAAUGUAUAACGAGGCAAUUGCGUCUGAGUUUCAGGAUCGAAUAUGCUAUUUAUCUCUGCCAUUGAUAAAUUACCAGGUGAUACAAAAACAACUUGAGGUGCGGCGGAAACUGUUGAUACAGAUAAUUCGCUUCCCCUUGACUUAUUUUUUAAUGAAUUAGCGGCCCAAAAUGGUACAAACGACGUGAAAAAUGUACAAAUAGUUGCAAAUAUGGCAAAAUAGAAGCAGAAAUUUAAAGCUCCUCCACUUUUCUCAAAUUCUUUUGUUUUAUUAGAAGUCACUCCCAGCCUGCUUACAAAUUGUUUUCUGACGUCUUUCAGCUUCCAAAAAUAGACUAUCCAAGAUACAGCUACCAUUAGGGCGGCUAUUACACAGAUUGUAGGUAUAAUUAUCUUGAGGCUAAUUGAUUCAAAACAAUUAACCAAUAAUGUUAUUAUCCAAGCAAUAAAAAUUAUUAUUGAAGAAGUUAUUAACAACGCCGGUAAGGCCUGCUGCCAAUCCUUUGUUUGAUCUAGCUUAACACAAGAAUUUCCCAUUUCUAUUCCAUCCAUCCAUACUAUAGUACAUUCUUCGAAUAAACCAGCAUCUAUUUGAACGCGAGUUUUCAUUACACGAUUAGUGAAUUUCGUAGAUAUUGUUUCAUCUAUAUGAAACCAAAAAUUUAAGCCUACCGCUAAUGAUAUAAUAACAAAGUUUAAAGGAAGUAAAAACAUUGUUAAGCAAGUUAAUUCGCAAGAUGCCAUGAUGUUAUUUUAAUUUAAUCAAUAUAAAAUCUAUUACUUCGGAUUAAUUAAGUUUUUAAAUUUAAAUCGAAACAAUUCUAUGAUAUCAUGUAAUACAGUAUUAAAAAAAAUUGGCCAUACUUUCGUCUUUUCUCCUUUCUUUUUUAAUUGUUAACAAGUUUAUUUGUU